AUGGACCAAUAUCAUACCAAGGCCGAACCCCUGCAGCAAGACCAAAUCAACAUUGUGUUACUUGCCAUAUCCAAUUCCCCUCAGAUCACAAUAGAUUGCGAAGAAGGCAAGGUUAUUAUGGAAGCUCUGAUAGCCAACCCAAAGCAGAGCGAAUGGGUCUUGAGGGAAUACUCUGUUAGACGUUCGGGCAACAUUGUGGAGUGUUGGAUAACCGCACGGGAGGGGGAGGCAUUUGAGAUUCAUUGGUUUGGAUCUGGACCGAAUUCCUACAAGGACCUAGAUAUUAGAGCCACCCCAUACGUGGAUGGAACCGAAGUCGAUAGCGGGAUACUUUCUGCCAACGAACGUAAGCAAGAGCAAUCUGGGUGGCUCGACGGAUACCAAGUGAGUGAGGAUAUGGCCCGGCCUUUUCAAUUUGAUGAUGAAAAUAUGGUGCCCAGUACCCGUUCUGGAGCCCCCUACACCAUCCGUGUCGUGCUCGAGUGGGGCAGGAGCCGGCCUCCGAAAACGCGCCGCAAAUCUAAAAAUGCUCGCCGGAAUUUUGCUUCUGUCACUCUUGGAGAACCUGUGCCUUCGGAGCCCAUGUUGGAGGCGUUGGAUUUUGUGCAAGAGGAAAAUACACCAACAGUAGAAUUUAUAUUCCGGUAUGGAUCCGAAAGUUGGCUCAAGGAGAAUGGUAUCAAAGUUCACGCUCCCCUGGUCUCUAACUUGCGGCAGGAAGUAAUUGAUGUUGACGAGAUCGAAUCGGAAACAGAAGAAAGCCAUAACCCAAGUGACUUCGACAUGGAGUCUAGACUAGAUGAAGCUGAAGUCGAAGAUCUGGUUGAAAUGGCGCAUUAA